GUCACACUGGUCCCUCAUCGAAUAUCAUUGUUUUGGUUUUUUGCUUUGUUUUCCGUUCGACUUAAGUGAAUUUUGCGAAUUACCAGCUUCGACCAUGGAAACCAAACUGGAAGAGGUGUUGACGGAUAUCUCUGCGCGGCCGGACACGGUGGGAGCAUUGGUGGCGAAUCGUCAGGGUCUGUGCCUGGUCGCCAAGGGCGACAUCGAUCCGAAUGUAUCCGGCAUUGGAAUGGCCAUUGCGCAGCAGGUGGCUAAGCUGGAGCCGAACAGCACGGUUCCGGCCACCAUUUGCCUGUACAGCGGCAACAAGCGAUGUGUCAUCCGGAACGAUGGCAGAAUCACGGCGGUGAUCUUCAAGCAGCUAACUGCUGAAUCGGCGACCACAGCGACCGGUAACUAACAGGAGGAGCUGGGACCUCCCAGGCGCUACUCUCAGGCCAAAUAAGUCAAAGUACAGAUGCGGAUCCAUCUUUAGAUCCAGGAUAUACAUACUACUUAUAUACAUAUAUACAUAUAUCUUCCACGAUGCGCCAGCUUCGCUCGCUGUUACAUUUGUCUGUCGUUUUGUACGAUUCGCGUAGCCAUUAAGCAUUAAACAAUAUGCAUUAAGCACUGCUGUUGAUCAAACGCCAUA